ACCCCUGAUCCCGCGAAGGAAAGUGAAACGUGAAAAAUCGCGGAACACAUCUCGUCCUCCGCCGCUAGGCACUACACCACAAGCAGCCCGCCUCCCUCCCGGCCGGCUCGUCGGCUCCCAAUUCGACCCCUCCUCUCCUUCCCUCGCUCCCAAUUCGCUCGCGCCUCCAAACCUGACGCGCUGCGGUCCACCUCCUCACUUCGCGCACCGGAGCCCCGCGUCGGCGCCGUGCCUCUCUAGCACCCGCGGCGUCUUGGCGCGCGCCUCCGCCGACUGGCCCGUCUCCAUCGCAGCAACUAGCAAGGUGGGAGCAUGUCGAGCGCGGUGGUGAACGGCCUGGCCGGCGCUGGCGGCGGCAUCAUCGCCCAGAUCAUCACCUACCCCCUGCAAACCGUGAACACCCGGCAGCAGACGGAGAGGUCAGCGAAGAAAAGGAAGGCCGGGAGCGGCGCUACGAACACCUCCACACUCUUCCAAUUGCUCCAGCUGAUCCAAACGGAAGGGUGGGGUGGGUUGUACAGCGGCCUCAAGCCCUCUCUCGCUGGCACUGCUGCGUCGCAGGGAAUCUAUUACUACUUCUACCAGCUUCUCAAGAACAAAAUAGAAGACGUAGCAGUUGCUCGUGGUAAGAAGGGCCUUGGGGAUGGUACUGUAGGGAUGCUCUCCUGGCUUGGUAUUGCAGCUGUUGCUGGGUCAAUCAAUGUCCUUCUUACCAAUCCAAUAUGGGUUCUCGUGACACGUAUGCAGACACACACACAAGCAGAAAGGAAGAUCUUAGAGUCUAAGAGGGAGCUUUUGCUGAGAGAAGUAUCUAGGGGCAACUCAUUGGAGGUUUCAAUUCUGAAGGAUAGGUUGGCUAAACUGGAGUCUGAAAAACCUCGUCCAUAUGGUACAUUUCAAGCGAUCCGGGAGGUCUAUCAUGAAUCAGGCAUAAGAGGAUUUUGGAAAGGACUUGUUCCAACAUUAAUCAUGGUAUGCAAUCCAUCAAUUCAGUUUAUGAUAUAUGAAACAUUGGCAAAGCGUCUCCAGUCCAAGCGUUCUGGAAAUCAACUACCUAAAAACAACCUCGCUGCUAUGGAGGUAUUCUUAUUGGGCGCAAUAGCAAAACUGGGAGCUACUGUUGUCACUUAUCCAUUGCUAGUCGUCAAGUCUAGGUUGCAAGCAAAACAAGAAAUUGGCAGGAAUGUGAUGUCCAGAUACACAGGUACAAUAGAUGCGAUACUAAAGAUGGUCCGCUACGAAGGAUUGCAUGGAUUUUACAAAGGAAUGGGCACAAAGAUUGUACAGAGUGUAUUUGCCGCCUCGGUUCUCUUUAUGGUAAAAGAGGAGUUGGUUAAGUUAGCAGUGAUUUUAGUUGCCAGGAGUAGGACUAUGCUUAUUACUACGUCCAAGAAACCAUAAGGUGGCCUCUUUUCCCCUCCAUAUAUCUGUAGUCCAAGACUUUUAAGUCCUGCCAGGACAAAUGCCAGGCCGUCUUUUGCCCUGUAAGGCUGUGACCUCGUUCCGCCUUGUAGAGAGGCGGCUAGCCCUCGAUCUGAGACUGCAAAAUAAACCUUGAGUCUGUUCGCUCAUCAUUGCUAUCAAUACCAAUAGUCUGAUUAGUUUC